AUGCUUCGGUCAUGGCUCGGCAGCGGUAUACUCCGCUCUCUACGUGUUCAACGCCUGAAUCCUUUGCUUCCACUUGCGCGUAACGCCCGAUUCUCCACCGCGCCAAACCGCUAUCUCCAACCGCCGGGCUCCUCCGCAGAUCGCGUUCCCCUCCGCAAACAACUUAAGCAAGAAGCCAAAGCGCUUCGGUCACAUAAGAAACAACGCAAGGAGGACGAGGAAGCAUCAAGGCAAGAAUGGGAGUUGACAGUUGGCUUGGAGAUACACGCGCAAUUAGACACAGAAGCCAAAUUAUUUUCCCGAGCCGCGACCUCAACGAGUGAUGUUCCAAAUUACAAUGUUGCCUUGUUCGACUUGGCGUUCCCGGGUAGCCAGCCGGAAUUUCAAAUCGCAACACUCCUACCUGCUUUACGCGCCGCUAUUUCCCUGAACUGUGAGAUACAGCCUGUUAGUCGGUUUGACAGGAAACACUAUUUCUACCAGGAUCAACCGGCGGGGUAUCAAAUCACCCAAUACUAUGAACCAUUUGCGCGAAAUGGUUAUGUCGACCUUUUCGGUUAUGACGGCAUUGCACCGGAAGACGGUGACCGGGUCCGUAUUGACAUCAAACAACUCCAAUUGGAGCAGGACACGGCCAAAUCUCAGGAAUACCCGCCUUCAACACAACUUUUGGAUUUCAACCGUGUGUCCCACCCUCUAAUCGAAAUAAUCACUAUGCCCCAAAUUCAUACACCUGCAACCGCCGCAGCAUGCGUUCGGAAACUCCAGGCCAUUGUACAAUCAUGUGGUGCGGUGACUACAGGAAUGGAAAUGGGUGGUCUUCGUGUAGACGUGAACGUCUCGGUCCGGCGGCGAGACGAAGCAGCUGGGAAACACCAGUACAAUGGUAUCAGCGGAUUGGGCCAGCGGACUGAGAUCAAGAAUCUCAGCAGCUUCAAGGCCGUGGAAGAUGCCAUCAUUGCCGAAAAGAACCGCCAGAUCGCGGUGCUCGAGAGCGGCGGUGUGGUAGAAGGAGAGACGCGCGGAUGGACAAUCGGUAGCACCGAAACUCGCAGGCUGCGUGGCAAAGAGGGCGAGGUCGAUUAUCGCUACAUGCCCGACCCAGACAUUCCGCCACUUGUCAUCGGACAAGAUCUGCUCUCUAGCCUCAACAGUACCCUCCCAAUAUCACCAGACUCACUCAUUACGCUGCUGGUUGGGGAGGAACACAGACUGUCAAUUGACGACGCCAAGCCACUAAUCGAUUUAGACAAUGGCGCCCGCCUCGAGUAUUAUCACGAUGUGGUGGAUGCCCUUCGCAUUCUCCAAGAAGACCAAGAUGCAAGAACACGCGCCGGCCUCGGGCGUGUAGCAGGCAAUUGGGUUCUACAUGAGCUAGGUGGCCUUCUCACCAAGACAGAGAGAGAAUGGGAUGCGGAAAUUGUUCCGGCUGAGUCCCUGGCCCACCUCAUCGACCAGCUACAGCGAAAGCGUAUCACCGGCCCAACAGCCAAACAGGUCCUGGCCACUAUCUUUGACGGUGAUCGUCGGUCAGUGUCCGAAAUUCUGGAGGAAGAGAAUCUUCUGUUGCGCCCUCUCUCGCGGGAGGAAUACGUUGCGCUGGCGGAGUCAGUCAUCGCUCUCAACCCGCAAAUGAUUGAGCAGAUCCGCAGCAAGAAUCAUCUGGGUAAAUUGGGCUGGUUCGUAGGGCAGAUGAUGCGCGCUGGUGAAAAGGGCCGGGUGGAAGCCCUCAAGGCAGAGGAAAUCCUCCGAGAACUCAUUCUGGGGUCUGGAGCUGUAUAA